CCACACUAAGUUAGAAAAGCCUUCCUCGUUUUCAUAAUACGACUGGAAGGACCAGGUGCCUCCAAGCCUCACAGCAGGAGGUGCACAUGGUAAUGGGCAAGCAAGACUCCUCCUGGUUGUAAGCAUGACAUAGAAGUCUUCCCUGUUCAAGUAGAGCAACCUGUGCUGCCAGCUACCACUGCUGACUGCUGUGUCAGCAAGGACUACACCUGGCCAGGGGAGCUUCUGAUCAGGAAAUCAGCUUUUCUGGAUUCUGGAAGAGGCAGUAUGUUGGAUCAGAUUCAUCUGCUGUCUGCUGUGACAGUCCUGGGAGUCCUGGAGCAAGCCUAUUUCUUCCUGCAGGUGAUCUAUGCUAGGAGAGCAUUUGGCAUUUCUCCUCCAAAGAUCUCAGGCCCACCUGAAUUUGAGAGGAUCUUUCGAGCACAGGUGAACUCCUCUGAGUAUUUUCCCAUUUUCCUGGCACUUCUGUGGCAGGCUGGACUCUUCUUCCACCAAGGUCUGGCUGCAGCCUUGGGUCUGCUCUAUCUCUCCAGCCGUUACUGCUACUUUAAGGGAUACAGGACAUCGUCCUCAGAAAGGUUGGCCCCGAUGUACUUCAGCGCUGGAGUUCUCUGGGUUCUCCUGGCAGCGGCAGCCUUGGGCGUCUUGCAUUUCUCCCUCUGCCACUACGUGGGACUGGACGUGCUCCGGCUUCUCACAGUGUGACCUCCUCCUCUGUCCCUCAGCAGUGUCCUCGCCUUCCAGUCCUGCUCCCUCCCACCCACAGGGAGGGACAGGCUGUAGCUAAUGCAGCACAAGUGACAAAUCCACCCUCACGUGAGUUUUUAACACCUCCCUUCCCACUGCCCUGCAGCAGCACAAACUGCUGACCUCUUCAGGAGGUCAUUUUCCCCAUGGCAUUCUGUGCCAUAUCUGGCAGCUCCAUCAUGCCUGAUGUGGAAACAAGGGAAAUUUUAGGAAAACCAAAUACGUGAAGGCAAACUCAUCUCAGCCUGAGCUUCCUGCUGAGCUGCUGCAGGGACCUGCCAUGUGUUCCCCUCCUCCAGCAGCUCUGCCUUCAGCCUGGGCACCAAACCAGGGUUCAGCUCAGUUUUUCAAGGCCCACAUCUAAGAAAGGCAUUUGUUUGAAAACAGAUGUGGGCUGUGGCAUAACAAAGCAGGCAAGGGAUAAACACAAGCCAACCCCAUGUGAUGUGAAAGUCUCUUGGUGCCUUUGUAAUGGUUGUUAGCCACCUCUUGGAAGUGAUCGCAUAAAUCAGACCGCACAAAUCA